ACUCCUGCCUCCAGAGUCCAAGGGUCCAUGUGGCGGGCAGGUUGAGCUGUGCUGGAUACACAGAGGGAGGCUGCACCGGACGGUUGGUGGGUGAGCAGCAUGGGCUUUGAGGAGCUGCUGGACAAGGUGGGCGGCUUUGGGCCCUUCCAGCUGCGGAACGUGGCACUGCUGGCCCUGCCCCGAGUACUGCUGCCCCUGCACUUCCUCCUGCCCAUCUUCCUGGCUGCUGUGCCUGCCCACCACUGUGCCCUGCCUGGUGCCCCUGCCAAUUUCAGCCACAAGGACGCGUGGCUGAAGGCCCACCUGCCCCAGGAGCCUGACGGCACGCUUAGCUCCUGCCUCCGCUUUGCCCGCCCCCAGGCUCUCCCCAACAGCACGCUGUGGGGAAUGGGGCAGAGCCCUGGGGAGCCAGAGGGCAAGCCCUCCACCGUGCCCUGCUCUCAGGGCUGGGAGUACGACCACUCGGAUUUCUCCUCCACCAUUGCAACUGAGUGGGACCUGGUGUGUGAGCAGAAAGGCCUGAACAGAGCUGCAUCCACCUUCUUCUUCGCUGGUGUGCUGGUGGGGGCUGUGGCCUUUGGAUACUUGUCUGACAGGUUUGGGCGGCGCCGUCUGCUGCUUGUGGCCUACGUGAGCGCCCUGGUGCUGGGCCUGGUGUCUGCAGCCUCGGUCAGCUACGUAAUGUUUGCCAUCACCCGCACCCUCACCGGCUCAGCCCUGGCUGGCUUCACCAUCAUCGUGAUGCCGCUGGAACUGGAGUGGCUGGACGUGGAGCACCGGACCGUGGCAGGCGUCCUGAGCAGCACCUUCUGGACAGGGGGCGUGAUGUUGCUGGCACUGGUUGGGUAUCUGAUUCGGGACUGGCGAUGGCUUCUGCUGGCUGUCACCCUGCCUUGUGCCCCAGGCAUCCUCAGCCUCUGGUGGGUGCCUGAGUCUGCACGUUGGCUUCUCACCCAGGGCCGUGUGGAGGAGGCCCAAAAGCACCUGCUGCGUUGUGCCAGGCUCAAUGGGCGGCCUGUGGGUGAGGACGGCCUGAGCCGGGAGGCCCUGAGCAAAGUGGCUGCUGGGGAACGAGUGGUACGACGACCUUCGUACCUAGACCUGUUCCGCACGCCAAGGCUCCGACACAUCUCACUGUGCUGCAUGGUGGUGUGGUUCGGAGUGAACUUCUCCUAUUACGGCCUGAGUCUAGACGUGGCAGGGCUGGGGCUGAACGUGUAUCAGACGCAGCUGCUCUUCGGGGCCGUGGAGCUGCCCUCCAAGCUCUUAGUCUACCUGUCCGUGCGCCACGCCGGACGCCGCCUCACGCAGACCGGGACACUGCUGGGCACGGCCCUGGCCUUGGGCUUUACGCUGCUGGUGGCCUCGGAGCGCAAGUCCUGGAGCACCGCCCUGGCGGUGAUGGGGAAAGGAUUUUCUGAAGCCGCCUUCACCACUGCCUACCUGUUCACUUCGGAGUUGUACCCUACCGUACUCAGACAGACAGGUUUGGGGCUGACUGCACUGGUGGGCCGGCUGGGGGGCUCUUUGGCCCCACUGGCGGCCUUGCUGGAUGGAGUGUGGCUGCCACUGCCCAAGCUUGCUUAUGGGGGGAUCGCCCUCCUGGCUGCCUGCACUUCCCUGCUGCUGCCAGAGACGAGGCGGGCACAACUGCCAGAGACCAUCCAGGAUGUGGAGAGAAAGAGUGCCCUGUCCAGUCUUCAGGAGGAAGAGAUGCCAAUGAAGCAGGUCCAGAACUGAGUGGAACUAGGGGCAGCCUCCACAGAAGCUCUGCAGUAGGGGCUGGGGACAACAGAAGGGCAGGCCCUGUGACCAGGCCUAAGGGCACUGAACCCUCUGCUAGGGCUGGAGUUGCCGCUGGUGCUCCCUCCAUGUGCUUAUCUAGCCUUGACUAUUUGGCUUCCAGGAACAGGUGACUUCCCAGAACGCAGGGGGCUGCUGGAGGUUCUGGGCACCCCUCUCAUGGCUGGGGAGGAUUCUGUAAAUAAAGGUGUCCCUUGGGUUGGUGCAGCGGUGAGGAGCUGUGGAUGGGAAGCCACUGAGUUUGCCCUAAGCUCUGAUCCUGGCUUCACUGUUGAUUUGCUGUGUGACCUGCAGCAUGUGGCUUUCCCUCUCUGAGCCUCAGUCUGUUCAUCUCCCAAAUGGAUAAUGAAGCCUCUUGGCAGACCUUCUCACAAGAUCUGUUGUCAUGCUCAAAUGAGAUGCUGAAUAAGGUGUUUCUUCUAGAGAUGGUGCUAAAGAUAAGACUGUCCUAUGAUGACUUCUAGUACCAACAGGGCUGGUGGGCAUGCUGUCCACUCUGUGGUGCUAGGGGCGUCCAAUGCCAGGCCCAGGGGACCAGGAGAACAGAGCUCUUUGUUCCCAUGGCUGGCCCAGCUACCUCCAACGCACUCUGCAAGGCAAUGCAUUCCUCCUCCCCUGCACUCCUCAUCCUCCAACCCACUGUCUAGGCCUCAUGCCCAAAGGAGAGCUGAAGGCAUGGGAGCCAACAUUUUAUUGGAGAUGCCAGAAAGGCUGAGAUUUAAUAAACACAAGUUUUAUGAGUA